CAAAGGUAUUAAGGUCAAACGAAUGAUUUAAACGUUAUACAGUGAAAGAGUGAGCCAUGAGAAAUUUGUAUUCAUAAUUACAAGAUAUACUUUACAAAAGUGGUACAAGCCACGACAAAAUGGCUGAUGCUGACAAUAAAAUAGGAAGUGGCCGGGCAAUAAAAAACUGUUGCGGCUUCCAUUGGAGGGGCAAAGCGUCCAUCAUAAUACCCAUCGUCACGUUGCCGCUGCUGGUACAUGGAUAUAUGAUAGAUGUAAAAGCAUGGGUAUGCAUGUACCUGGUGGUCAAUAUGGCGCUCUUCUGGAUUACGGAGGCCAUUCCUUUAUAUUUGACCGCCUUGUUUCCGGUUGUUUUUUUGCCAGCUUUUGGAAUUUUGCCCUCGGAAAAGGUGUGCAGCUUUUACUUCAGCGAUACCGUGGUCAUGUUUCUAGGGGGCUUGUUGAUAGCCUUGGCCAUCGAAUACAGCAAUCUUCAUCAGCGCAUCGCACUUACCACUAUCCUUAUAGUGGGCUGCAGUCCAAGGCGCUUGCACUUUGGUUUAAUCAUGGUAACCUGCUUCAUAUCACUUUGGAUCUCAAACUCGGCAGCCACCGCCAUGAUGUGCCCUAUUGUCAAGGCAGUGCUCAAUGAAAUGGAUGCGCAAAAUAUUUUUGCGAUCUAUAAGUCACAGGAAGAGGAGCCGGUGGAGGAGGGCGACCCACCGCACCCAUCUACCAUAUCGAUGGCCUUCUAUUUCGGCAUCGCGUAUGCCUCGUCAAUCGGAGGCUGUGGAACCCUGAUCGGAACUGGAACAAAUCUGACCUACAAGGGGCUAUACGAUACGCGCUUUCCGAACUCCGAGGAGAAGCUGGACUUUCCCAUUUUUAUGGCUUACGCCAUUCCAUUUGUGGUCGUUGUGCUCAUCAUUCUCACAUUCCUUUCCCUGCAAAUCACCCACAUGGGUCUCUUCCGGCCCAACAGCAAGGUGGGCCAGGAGGUGAAAAGGGGCGCCGAGGGUCAGAACGUGGUCAAGGCCCUGAUCAAGGAGCGCAAGAAGGAGCUGGGCCCAAUGAGCUGCCACGAGAUCCAAGUGGGUUUGCUCUUCCUUCUGAUGAUUUUCCUUCUUUUCACCCGCAAGCCGGGCUUCUUUACCGGCUGGGCUGACUUUCUGAAUGCUCAAAAAAUUGGCAGUGGCCCGCCUGUAUUUUUCUGUACCAUGCUACUCUUCGCCCUGCCCACGCAGUAUACAUUUUUUAAGUACUGCUGCGGAAAGGCUCCGUUUCCAGGACAAACGUUGGAUGCCUGUCUCUCCUGGUUGUACUGUCACAAAUAUACGCCAUUUGGUCUAUGCUUUCUACUGGGUGGAGGAUUUGCUCUGGCCGAGGGAAGCCGUGUUAGCGGAAUGGCCAAAAUGUUGGGAGAGUCGUUGUCAUUUGCCGCAAAAAUGAACUACGUUUUGGUUGUGUCUAUGUGCAUUUUAAUUUCACUAUUUUGCACCGCCUUUGCUUCUAACGUGGCCAUUUGCAACAUUCUGAUUCCGAUAUUUUCGGAAAUGGCCCUGGCCAUCAAAGUACAUCCCAUCACAUUGACUUUUCCCUCUGCUCUGGCCUGCAGUUUGGCCUUUCAUCUGCCCGUAAGCACUCCACCCAAUGCCAUCAUAUCCGGCUAUACCGGUCUGAAAACUAAGUACAUGGCCUUGGCCGGCAUUUUGCCAACAUUUUGGUCCUUCUUCUGUUUGCUUUUCACCGGAACCGUGUGGACAAUGCUGAUCUAUCCGGGUACCAAAGAAUUCCCGGAAUGGGCUGAGUAGACGUUGAAAUCUAUCCAUACAGAAAAAAUAUUUAAAAAAUCUUGAUGUUUUUAUGACGAGUACAAGUAACGCGCUAAGACAGGCUAGUUCACAAAACAUUUCUGUCAAAUCAAAUUACCAACAAUAAAAGAACUGCGUUUUUAGCUUUGACAGAAAUUGUUAUGAUAUGAUGGCAUUGCAAAAUUUCUAGGUGUUGGGCUUUGAUGUCAAGCUUAUUCAGUUUCUUGUUUGAAGACCAAUAAAUACUUAACGCACAAUUUGUGGCAAUAAAAACUACACGGCGAACUUGUUGAAAAGUACAAGAGUCUUCUCGAUGGCUAAAUGAUAACUGGGGAUGGGCGGAAAUCUAGCCUGCGGGUGGGCGUUAUAAGGACGUGCAAACUCACUUAGCAGACAUUUUGGACCAGAAGAAAACAAAAACUUUGUGCAAACAAAGCAAAAAGUACUUCGGCUGGCCCUUCACCUAAACUCAUUCACAUUCACAGCGUUAAGGUGAGAUAAAAUCAAGCCAAACAUCAUUACUCCGAGCAACUGAAUUAUAUUGCUUUCAUGCAUGAAUGAUGUGCGGAGCAAAUGAGGUACCAUUUAUAGCGCACAAAUCCCCAGCCGUCACACGCAUAAACAAAUAAUGUACAAGCACACAAAAAUUCCAAUCCGAGUACUACUCAUGUGUAUAAGAAACGCACCGAAAUAAAUGUAAUAAAAACCCUGACAA